AUGUACGCGGGGUUGGCGGGGCUGGAGGGGCUGGGGGGGCUGACGGGGAGCACGUACGCGGGGAUGCUCGCCACGGGGUCGGAACACGGCGGGGGAGGCGGUGGCGCAGGGGGAAACAAAGCGCAAAAUGCGGCAGCCAUGAGAGCGAUGCAAGCAGCCAAGCUCCGAGCCUCCAAAACAGCCUUGGAGAGACACGACGUGGAGAUCAUAGGCUCGGGACCGGAGCUGCUGGUGUUCUCACACGGCUUCGGAUACAACAAGAACGUAUGGAGCGGUGUAAUCAAGGCACUGGACAAGACGCGCUAUAAGAUUGUUCUCUACAACGUAACAGGCGCUCUGGGCACGGACUAUGACGCGUUUGACUACCAGCGCUACAGCACGCUGCACGGCUUCACGGACGACCUGCUGUUGCUGCUGCACGAGCUGGGCGUCGAGGGGUGGGAGCGGGGGCAGCAGUGCACGGUGGUGGGGCAGCAGCAGGCGGGCAUGGUGGCGCUGCUGGCAUCUUUGGAACGCCCCACACUCUUCAAGCGCAUCGUGCUGCUCAGCUCUUCACCGCGGCUAUUGGGAGCAGAGGGGUAUGAAGGGAGCUACGCACUAGAGGAUCUGGAUCAGGUGUUUGGCAUCAUGCAGGGCAACUUCAAGCUGUGGGUGCGCAACUGUGCACCGGUGCUGACAGCAGACGACAUCAAGGCGGGGCACGUGAGGGAGUUUGUGCGCCCGCUCUUCCUGCUGCGACCCGACAUUGCGUUCAGCUUCCUCAAAACCGCCUUCGCGUGUGACGUGCGCGACAUUCUCCCAAGGGUGAGUGCUUAUGCUGCACGUGAGGAAGAUGAAUGGAUGGUACGGCACAGCAAUCGUCUCUGCUUUGCUCUUUCUCGUGCGACCAGACAUCCUCAAAACCGUUUUCGCCUGUAA